GGGGAACUAACAGGGCUUGGACCUCUUGCUCCAUCCAGGAUGUGUGACCGCAACGGCGGGCGGCGGCUGCGGCAGUGGCUGAUCGAGCAGAUCGACAGUGAACUCUACCCUGGGCUCAUCUGGGAGAACGAGGAGAAAACCAUGUUCCGCAUCCCCUGGAAACAUGCUGGGAAGCAGGACUACAACCAGGAGGUGGAUGCUUCUAUUUUCAAGGCUUGGGCUGUUUUCAAAGGCAAGUUCAAAGAAGGUGACAAAGCAGAGCCGGCCACGUGGAAGACACGUCUGCGCUGUGCCUUGAACAAGAGUCCUGACUUUGAGGAGGUGACAGACAGAUCCCAACUGGACAUCUCUGAACCCUACAAGGUCUACAGGAUUGUGCCAGAGGAGGAACAGAAAUGCAAAGCAGGCAUUGCCAACGGGAGCAGCUUGAAUGAUGUCACGGAGAUGGACUGCAGUUCCUCUGCAAUUGAUGACCUCAUUAAAGAGCCUCCCUGUGUUGAUGAAUACCUGGGGAUCAUCAAGAGAAGCCCCUCACCCCCCCAGGAGACCUGUAGAAACCCCCCAAUACCUGACUGGUGGGUGCAGCAGCCCAGCCCUGCGUUGCCCCUGAUGAAUGGAUACUCCAGCUACGAGCAGCAUCAUUCAGGUUACUCCCAGAUGGUGAUCAGCUUCUACUACAGUGGGAGGCUGGUGGGCCACAUCACCACCUCGUGCACCGAGGGCUGCCGGAUCUCUCUCAGCCAGCCCUCCAGCCACGGUGAGAAGCUGUACGCCCCAGAUGCCCUGGAGCACGUACGGUUCCCCUCAGCUGAUGCCAUCCAGAAUGACCGCCAGAAGCAGAUCACCAGGAAGCUUUUUGGGCACUUGGAGAAGGGUGUCCUGCUGCACAGCAAUAAGCAAGGCAUCUUCAUCAAGAGGUUAUGCCAAGGCAGGGUCUUCUGGAGUGGAAACACCAUGGUCUACAAGGACAGGCCCAACAAACUGGACCGGGAUGAGGUGGUGAAGAUAUUUGACACCAACUUGUUCUUCAGAGAGCUGCAGCAGUUUUACAACAACCAGGGCCGCUUCCCGGACAGCAGAGUCAUCCUGUGCUUUGGAGAGGAGUUCCCAGACACUGUCCCCCUGCGGUGUAAGCUCAUCCUUGUCCAGGUGGAGCAGCUGGGUGUCAAGCAGGUGGUGGAGGAGACUGGGAGGUCCUGCAACAGCAGCCCCAUGCUCCCCAUAGCUGAUGAGACACAGCAUGACCAGGUGUACAGGAUCUUCCAGGACAUCUGUGCUACACACCAGCGACCUCUCUUCAGAGAAAACCAACAGAUUGCUGUCUGA